AUGGUGUCUGAAUUAAGCUGCUCCAUGAUCGAAUGCGAUGAUUUCGACCUUGAACCUGGUUUCUACUUGAAUCUUAUGCAUACUUUAUCCAUCAUGGCACUUGUUAUGAACUUAUUUGCUGUAUACUGUGUUGUUUGUAAAUCAACGAAACAAAUGGGAGUAUACAAAUGGUAUCUGCUUAUUUAUCAAGCAGCUUCCACCUUAUUCGACUUCGUGUAUACAAGCCUAACUCUACCAGUGAUCUUUUUCCCUGUACCAAUGGGUUACCCUGGUGCUUGGAUUGCUGAGUGGCUGUCCAUUAGCUCUCAUGCGGCAACUAUCACUGUUAUUCUAACCUGUUCCAUGAUGGCUGCUGCUGUGCUGAGCCUUUUCAACUAUCGGCUUUUCGUGGUAACCCCAACUCAUCAUUUUAUGAGAAUUAGCGACAACGGUAAGUCUCGGUACUGCUACGUUAUUGGGCAGUUGUUUCAGUUACUUGUUUGUGAUGGUCUCGAACACUCCCCAAGAUUUUGGAGAGAUUCAAGGGUCUCUAGUGUUUAA